AAGGACUCAUCUCACUUGACUUCAAUUUGCAGUAGACUGAAGGACAGCUACUAAUCAGGCACGAAAUGUUUACAAAGAGCAAGACAUUUAUUUAAUUGUAUUUAGAAGUUUUAACUCACUAGGAUAUCUUUUACAAGAGGGUCUCGUGGUGCAGCAACAGGCACACACUGCAAUGUGAAGAACAUCAGGUGCAGGUAAACUGGACUUUACAGAUACCCACUCAGACAUGUCUUAUGUCUUUAUCAACGAUUCGUGCCAGACAAACGUCCCGCUGCUGCAAGCCUGUAUCGACGGGGACCUGAACUACUCAAAGCGCCUCCUCGAAAGCGGCUUUGAUCCUAACAUCCGGGAUAACCGCGGCCGUACAGGGCUGCACCUGGCCGCCGCCCGGGGCAAUGUGGAGAUCUGCAGGCUUCUGCACAAGUUCGGGGCUGAUCUGCUUGCCACCGAUUACCAGGGCAACACAGCUCUCCACCUCUGUGGCCAUGUGGAUACCAUCCAGUUUCUGGUUACCAAUGGACUCAAAAUUGACAUCUGCAAUCACAAUGGUGCCACCCCCCUGGUGCUGGCGAAGCGCAGGGGAGUGAAUAAGGAUGCAAUCCGCUUACUGGAGGGCCUGGAAGAGCAGGAGGUGAAGGGGUUCAACAGAGGAACCCACUCCAAACUGGAGACCAUGCAGACUGCAGAGAAUGAAAGAUACCUAGAGACCCUCAUAUCCAAUUCUGAUGAAACUUGUGCGAUGGAGAGCCACUCCCUGCUCAACCCCAACCUGCAGCACAGUGAAGGCGUUCUCUCCAGCUUCCGCACCACCUGGCAGGAGUUUGUGGAAGACCUGGGCUUCUGGAGAGUGCUGCUGCUCAUCGUGGUCAUCGCCCUCCUGUCCCUCGGCAUCGCCUACUACGUCAGUGGGGUGCUUCCCUUCGUGGAGAACCAGCCCGAAUUAGUGCAUUAGGGGUUGCUUGAAAGGACCAGCUUCUCACCAUUACAACAGCAUUCUUUCAUGUACUUUCUUUGCAGCAGGUAUUAGGAGCCAAUGUGUUGAGCUCACAUUCAGUCUAGGACUCUGACAUGAUGUAUAACUCACAUGGGUUACAAACACUGCAUAACGAUCACCUCUUAUAUAACUCACACCUCUUAUAGGCUACCCUACACCACUGUGUACUAUGUAGUAUGUUAUAACCAGCGCACAUGUAUAAAACAUGCAGGAAAUCCUCCUAAAAUGUGUAAGUGUGUGUAAAACUCUGAGAAAUACGGUAUGUGGGGUCCUAAUAUCUGCUUCACAGGAGGUUAAUGUAUAGUGAGUGCGGUGACAUUUUACUGCACACAGUCAGAGCAAAUUAACAAGUCUUUAAUAAUAUGCAACUUCUUGUGAGAAUGUUGAUCUAAUAAGGUUAGAACAUUAUUUAAAAGGCUUGGUUAUUAACCCUCAAAAGUAAUCAAGGCAUAUAAAAAAAAUCCUAUCUGUCAUUAGCUUAACUUUCUUACAUGUCCGUUCCUAUUAUACUGUUGAGCUUUGAUUUUCUAGACUAGCUUUGAGUCAUGGGAAGCCCAUUUAUCCUCUCCCCAUUAACAACCCACUUUUUGAUACCCACAUAUUGUCUUGAAGCCAGUAUAGAACUGGUGUAAGGCUCGGGUAGGACCCUGUUACCUGUAACACAGGAAGGAAGUGGAAUUGUAGUGUUGUGGUUGGAAGAAUGAGCUACACUUUAGUAAAAGAGAAGAGAGCAGAAGAGCCUUGGUUCUCUCACAAACUUCCAUGUCAGAAGUGUGAGCCUGACAGUGACCAGGGAUCAGUUCACUGGCCAGAAGCCAAGCUUUUUUAUCGAGGUUUCAGAACCACAAACAAAAAAACCCUUUUCCAUUGCACUUCACCAACAAAACAAUAAUGGCUGGCAGUCAACGUGUUAAAGAUAGAUGGCGUAAUUUUUGUUCAGCAUUGUUAUAGUUUGUGCACGUUUCAGUUAAGCAGUAUGGUAGUGAUACAGCCUGAUCAUUGCAUUCUCAUUUCUGGUAGAUCGUGCAAGCCAAAUGAGGCCUGUCAUUUAUUAGGUAGUGUCUAUAAUCACGAAUUUCAGAUAAAUACCUCUUAAUCCGAUCAGUCCUGAAAUAGGGAUUGGUAGAAUUGGAAAUCACAUUAAUUGCUACUGUUCCAACCAUUCAAUGGUCCUAGUAAAACACCUGGAAUGGCUCAAAUUGCUACAGUUGUCUAAAGACUAGCAUACACAAUAAUUUGUCUUUGUAGCUUACUGCAGUGUAAGGUAGUGUUUUACACUUGUACAUAGACAGUAUUACACUAUAUUACACAUUUGUGUACAUUCCCCACUGUAGCAGUUAUUAUAAAACCUAGCACUUCAGGUAGUGCUGUCCAGCUAGUAAUAUAAAUGGUGUCUAAUCUGAUUGUUUCAUGCAUACUACAUGCAGUAUUAAAAUGGGUUAAAUGGAUCAUAACCAAGGGUUUAAAACACAAUAUAACAACAUUCUCAUAAGACCCUUAUUGUUUUGCUAUGAAUAUUUUUGUUUCCCAUACUUUAUUUUUGAAGCAAAUUUUUCUUGUCAUAGUUGAUUUUUUUGUUUUCAUUUCCUGGGUUACAUAUAAUAAGACCCCACUUGAGCUUUACAGCUGUGUACUAUAGGACACAUAGGAAACGUUGCAGCCAGGUGGAAUCUUAUUACACGUAACACAGGAAGUGAAUGGGGAGUGGAAACACAGGACAUCUACCAACAGUAAUGUGUUGUAUGAAGAAAAGUUGUGAAAACAAUCAAAUCAACAGUGAACCCAUACUCUUAACUCUUGUGAAUGUUGUUUAAUACAAUUGAGUUGUGUUUUAAAGCUAUGGUUAACCCAAAAGGUAAUAUAUACUAUUUAAUUAUGUUUGCAUUUUUGUAAAUAACCCAAAACACACUGUGAUUGUUUCAAAUGUAGUUUUGAUUUAGUGUUGCUAGUUGAGUGAGACUUCUGCUCAGAAGAAUUUACAAACUGUAAGUACAGUAAAUGGUCAUUUUAUUUCAGAUCGUUUUGGAAAUCUUUUAUGAAUUUGCAUAUGAUUUUAAAAAAUAUCAGGGCAAUACCAAGUUAAUUUUUUUUUGUACUUGAUCAGAUUCCCCAAGUAAAAAAAAAAAAAAAUUCAAUGCUGUCUACUUAACUUGAUAUAGUUGUCGGUGAUUCAUUUUCACUAUGUAUAUAUUUUCAUUAAGCUAAGCACUUUUACUUUUUUGUAUUAUAAAAGAAAAGCAUGCAUAAGCUCA